AUGUACAACGCUGACUCCAUGACCGGGACUCAGUGCACCAACUACGAUGACAUCACCACGGAGGGCGUGGUCUGGACAAGUGUCACUGACAUUGAGAAGACGAACGACAAGACGACCCAGGAUCUCUGCAAGGGGUAUUCCAACAUCGGUAUCGGCACCAACUUAAAGAACCGUCUGUCGGAUAUCUCAUCUAUUCCUGCGUACUUCAAGUGGUCGCGUACCAACACGACCGAGUUCAGAGGCAGCAACCUUUUCGACUUCGUCACUUCGUCCACCGCCGGCGCUGACCCCAAUGACCCCGUCUCCUCCGAGUUCAUGCUCUGGAUCGAGAUCUGGGGUGAUCAAGUCCCUAUCGGCUACUCCCGCGGUCCCGUUACCGCCGUCGACCUCUUUGGCAUCAGCUUCGACGUCUACGAGGGCCAGAACCCAGGGACUGGCGUCACUGUCCGCAGUCUGCUUCCCACUGGGUCUUUCAAAGGCGCCUUCCAGGGCGACUUGAAGGACUGGCUUUCGGCCAUGGUGGGGCAGGGCUACAUCAAGGACAGUGACUUUGUCAACGUGGGCAACGCUGGGGCUGAGAUUUUCUAUGGGAAUUCCGUGAUGGAUGCUACGGUUUCCUUGAAGGUUGAAGUUUGA